AUGAUCGUCCGACGCUAUGCCAACUCCCAUCUAAGCUCUGUACGAGCCUUUUCCUCGACGUUUCAACGCAACGCAACAUGGGGCUUCGUUGGACUGGGACAGAUGGGCUAUCAAAUGGCCAAGAACCUUCGUGCCAAGAUCCCUGCUGAAGACACCUUGAUUGUGCGCGAUGUCAAUGAGGAGGCCGUUCGGAGCUUCGUGACAGAGGCUCGAGAGGCUACACAUAGUACAAGUGCUGGUAUCACACGCGUUGAGGUCGCGAAGAACGCGCGUGAGGUUGCAGAGAAAUCGACUGUUAUGAUUACUAGUCUUCCUGAACCCCAGCAUGUCAUUGACGUGUAUCAGUCUAUCUUGAAGGGUGGCGAGCUCCCAGCCCUUGACCAGGAGCGUUUGUUUAUUGAUACCUCAACGAUUGACCCCGAUACAUCAAAGGGUAUAGCAAACGAGAUCCACACGAUCCAGGCUGGUCAAUUUGUCGAUGCUCCUGUGUCCGGGGGCGUCGUCGGUGCUCGAGCAGGAACAUUGUCCUUCAUGUUUGGUGCUUUCUCAGAAUCAGACCAGCUGAUCGAACGUAUCCGCGGUAUAUUAUCAUUCAUGGGUAAGAAGGCAUGGUACCUCGGUGAACCGGGCUCUGGCGUUUCAGGCAAGCUGGCGAACAACUACAUGUUAGCAAUCAACAACAUUGCAACGGCCGAGGCCAUGAACUUGGGUAUGAGACUGGGAUUGAAACCUACAGCAUUAGCUGAGUUGAUCAAUUCAUCUACUGGGCGUUGCUGGCCUUCAGAGGUCAAUAAUCCCGUACCGGGUGUUGUCGAGACUGCGCCCGCAUCACGUGGAUACGAGGGUGGAUUUGGUGUUGGUCUGAUGAAGAAAGACCUCCGUCUUGCCCUCGCUGCUGCAGAACAAUCUGGUACUUCACUAGCCCUAGGAAUCAAAGCGGGUGAAGUCUAUAAUGCAGUGGAGGCUGAAUACCGUGGGAAGGACUUCUCUAUCGUUUACAAGUGGUUACAUGACAAGUCUCAAUAA